UAUUACACACUCUGGGAUCAGCAGUUAAGUGAAGCAGUUACAUUGCCUACAGAAACGACAUCGCAAUUCGAAUUAUGACGCGUGAUAAAUCGUGAUAAAAAUUGGAUGUGACCGUUUCAGUUUCGUUUUCCUUUCCUGUCGUUUGUGUUCACACGGUAGUGCCGCACUGAGAAGCAUAAUUUGUGAUUUAACACAAGUUUGUUGACAACAUUUGAUUUUCACCAACCAUCUCUAAACCAACGGCGGCGCGCAAACGGAUAGCGUCGUCUAAAUGUAACAUGGACAAAAUGUACAAUUUUGUAAUUGUCACAGUGCUAGCCAUCACCUUUACCUUCGUUUGUGGCAGUAAUGACGACAGUCCGCUCAAAGACAUGAUUGGAUUUCCUUUAUGGAGACCAAUGACCAAAUGGCGCCGGCAACAAUAUGCACCGGCCGAAAGCUAUCAACCCGAUGCAGCAGAUGAGCUCGACGAUUAUUCCAGUGCACUGGCGGCGGACACGGCACAGGGCCUUCAGACUAUCGAUUUCAAACUUAAACGUGCCCAUCCACGACACCCGAUUUGCGAGUCGCUUAUUAAUAUUGUGUACGUAGGGAACAACUCGGAUGGGUACCAGUAUCGUCCAGACCAUUACGUGACCGAAUCGUGUCUGAACUCUUACAACACCUACCAGAACAGGUGCUCAGAGACGGGACUAUCGUGCACCCAGAUUAGGCAGAAAAUGUUCAUCACAAGGCGGAAAGCAGGCGACGAUGCGAAGGCGAUGAACUGCUGGGAACACGUCAGGAUGGAGGAGUACGAUGCGGGCUGUGAGUGCAUGUGGCCAAAGGAGCACACUGUUGAUAAACAUUCUCUACGCAAUGGAAAAUAAGAGGCGGUCAUCCAGAGACUCUGCCUGUUCCUCAAUACCGAAUCUGAUGGUUGUAUUCUAGUAUCGAAAUGAAGUUAUGUUAGGCAUGAUUAAUGUAUAAGAUGAGCCCUUUUAAGUAUUUAUAGUGUGUAUAGUGUGUAUUAAUGUUGAAAAUCGAAUGAUGAUUAGAAUCAAGGUACAUAUAAGAGAGGUAGACCUAUAUGUCAGACAGACCCGUGCACAGAAAACGCAACAAGGGAUGGGUUUUCCCAAAUUUUGGCUAAGGGCGGCAGGGCGCCUAGUGUAUGGAACAUCGGCAAUGGAAGGGGUUUAACCCCCAAAACCCCUCCCUUGUGCACGGGCUUGAUGUCAGAUUAUUCAAUAUGCCCUAUUGAAAAUAGGUAAAGACAGCUGGCCACUUUGUUUUGAUUUGAGACGAUUCGAGCAAUGCUGUGCUUCGUGUGGUAAAAUGUAUAUCAUCGAACCGAAUCUGAACUUACUAUUUUUUUUCUAAAUUGGAGGAAGCACCUUUCAUCUAGAAAGCAAUAGGUGUUUUCUCGCAUUUUUUUUAAUCAUGUCUACCGUUCGGGACAUAAUUGAUCACAUGUGUAUCCAAUUUUUCACUUGACCGAUCAGAGACAAUUAAACAACCCCUAGCAGCCCAAGCAAUGAAGUGCAGCGAAAACAAACUUGCCAGCUGCCAACUUUACCAACCCCUCUACAUACCUCUCUAAGUCUCCACUGAUUACUGAGAUUCUCGUACCUGUCUGUAUUUCUACCUUGAUGAGCAUAUUAACUUAUUGUACAAUGUAGAAAUGUAAUGAUCAGUAUUAUAUUAAAUUCUUUAUUUAAACAAGGUUCCAUAUUUUAAUACGCAUCAUUUUGCAAACAAACUGAAUGACCAAUAAAAAUUGUAAUUCGAAAAAAAAA